GCUCGGGGUCCGUGGAUACUCACAGAUCUAGCACAGUCGAGGGUGCACGAUCAUCGUAAGUCGAUUAUAAUAUGCUAGUGCCACGACCAUCCCGUGCCGGUAAUUGGGAGAUAUAGUCCGCAAGUCCGGUGGGAAAGCGGGCUUGGCUCCGCGUUGGGCUUCUUGGGACCACUCGGUCACAGGUGCCGCGUUGACAAAGUUUCACGCCCCCGGCUCCAGAUCCUAGUCAAGGGGGCUGUGCAGGCCUCUUUUAAAUUUACUCCCCCGGUGUAUAGACACCAGUGAUAUCGAGAAGAUUUCCUCAUGGAAGCCCAAGACGCAUACCCAGGCUACCCAAAUCAUGCGGCCGGCGGAUAACACCGAGGAUGCCUCGAGGGAGGUUUCAGUGCCGGCGAUUACCGUCCAUGUUCCCGAAAUUAAUACAACUCUCGUCGAGUCUGACGGCCCGCACGAGGCGCUACUGACGGAUGGAGCGACCCAGCAACACCUUUCAAGCAACUUGACGCCCGUCGCAGGCGAAUACGCCGGUCGAGAUCGGGCGAUGAGCGGUAGCACUGUCGCGCCCAGCAGGUCCCAGUUGGAAAUUCCCUCCGAGAAGCAGCGACGGUCAAGUUCAGUGUCUAGUCUCUUUUCGAUCAAGGAAAAGGACAAUGCCCUGGAACCCGAUCCUGGCUGCGAGGCCGACUUCCGGGUGGAGAACAACCCCUUCUCGUUCUCGCCGGGCCAACUCAACAAGCUUUUUAACCCUAAGUCAUUACCGGCGCUCAUGGCCCUCGGUGGACUUUCGGGACUGGCGAAGGGGAUCCACGCUGAUAUAGUGACGGGCCUUUCCAUGGGCCCCACAAACCAUAAUGACCGUGACGGGCCGAAAGAAGCAGCUCCGGGUUCAUCUCCAGACGCUGCCGAGCGAAUCCGUGUCUUCAAAGGCAAUGUGCUUCCGGAAAAGAAACCCACGCCGCUCUGGAAGCUAGUGUGGAUAGCUUAUAAUGAUAAAAUCCUGAUCCUCCUGACAGCAGCAGCCAUGAUAUCCCUGGCAUUAGGGCUAUACGAGACUUUCGAGGCGCACAAGCCGGGCGAAGGCAUGUCAGUGGACUGGGUCGAGGGAUGUGCGAUCUGCGUCGCCAUCGUGAUCGUUGUCAUGGUAGGCUCGUUGAACGACUACCAGAAGGAGAGAGCCUUCGCGAAGCUCAACGCAAAGAAGGAAGACCGGGAGGUGACGGUCACUCGGUCAGGCAAGGCUGUCCGCAUUUCUGUCCAUGACCUCCUGGUUGGCGACAUCUUGCACCUUGAGCCUGGCGAUCUGGUCGCUGUCGACGCGGUCUUCAUUGAGGGACACAACGUAAAGUGCGACGAGUCGUCUGCAACAGGCGAAUCCGAUCAGCUCAAAAAGACAGGGGCAGAGCGGGUGGUGAGCCUGAUAGAGCAUGGUCACACCCAACUCCGAGAUUUAGAUCCCUUUAUCAUCUCCGGCAGCAAGGUCCUCGAAGGCGUUGGCACCUGUUUGGUCACGUCAGUUGGCGUCAAUGCCAGCUACGGCAAAAUCCUCAUGGCGAUGCGCCAAGAUAUGGAAGCCACCCCGUUACAGAAGAAACUGGAUGGCCUGGCCACCGCCAUUGCGAAACUUGGGAGCGCGGCCGCCAUCCUUCUGUUUUUUGUCCUGCUGUUCCGUUUCCUAGGGUCCCUCUCUGGCAAUCAUAUGAGCAGCACCGAAAGGGCGUCCGAGUUCACCGAUAUCCUCAUCGUGGCCAUCACGGUGAUCGUCGUGGCCGUUCCCGAGGGCUUGCCCCUGGCCGUCACUUUGGCUCUCGCCUACGCGACGACGCGCAUGGUGAAGCUCAACAACCUAGUCCGCGUCCUCAAAUCCUGCGAAACAAUGGGAAACGCGACCACCGUAUGCUCCGACAAGACCGGCACCUUGACGCAAAACCGCAUGACCGUCGUCACGGGAACUUUCGGUGCGGACGCCUUCGACGACAAGAAUCAGACCGGUGACGAACGCCGGUCAACUGCUUUCGCGCGCGACAUAGCUCCAGAGUAUAGACGUAUGCUGAUCGAGUCGGUCGCCGUAAACUCGACCGCAUUUGAGGGCGAGGAAAACGGCGCCCUGGGGUUCGUUGGUUCCAAAACCGAGACCGCCUUGCUGGGAUUCGCGCGCGACGUCCUCGGCAUGGGUUCCCUAGCGGAAGAGCGGGCGAAUGUAAAGCUCGUCCAAUUGAUGCCAUUCGACUCUGGCCGUAAAUGCAUGGGUGCGGUCAUCCAACUCCCGGACGGGCGAUAUCGCUUUCUUGUCAAGGGCGCGGCGGAGAUUCUACUAGGGUAUAGCACCCGGCUCUGUACGCCUUCUGGGGAUGUUGGUGACCUGGAUGAUAGCCAACGGAGCCGUCUGGACGACGUCAUCUUGGACUAUGCAAGACAGUCUCUUCGCACCAUAUCCCUAGUCUUUCGAGACUUUCCGACAUGGCCCCCGGUCGAAGCUGUCAGUGAGGAGGAUCCAAAUGGGGCAACCAUAUCUUUACUUCUCGAAAACAUGGCGUUGAUCGGAAUCGUGGGCAUCCAGGAUCCCAUUCGGCCGGGUGUUCCUGAGGCCGUGGCCAAGUGCCAGCAUGCCGGCGUGACCGUCCGGAUGGUCACCGGUGACAACAUGGUUACCGCCAAAGCGAUCGCCACCGACUGUGGAAUUUACUCGGGGGGUGUGGUGAUGGAGGGGCCCCAGUUCCGCGCGCUAUCCGAUGAGCAGUUCAUGGAAGUCCUCCCCCAUCUGCAAGUACUGGCGCGCUCCUCGCCCGAGGACAAGAAGAUUCUUGUGACCCGACUCCGAGACAUGGGAGAGAUUGUGGCCGUCACUGGCGACGGGACCAACGAUGGACCAGCGCUCAAGGCGGCCAAUAUUGGGUUUUCGAUGGGCAUCUCCGGGACGGAAGUAGCCAAGGAAGCGUCGGCGAUCGUUCUCAUGGAUGACAAUUUCGCCUCGAUCCUCACUGCGUUGAUGUGGGGACGAGCUGUCAACGAUGCCGUGCGGAAAUUCCUACAGUUCCAAGUCACGGUCAAUAUCACCGCCGUCUUGUUGACCUUCAUCUCGUCCGUGUCUGACCCGGAGAUGCGGUCAGUGCUGACGGCCGUCCAGCUCCUGUGGAUCAACCUGAUAAUGGAUUCUCUCGCCGCCCUAGCGCUGGCGACCGACCCUCCCACGGAGGAGAUUCUCGACCGACCGCCCGCCAAAGGAGGCGCGCCGUUGAUAUCCACCACAAUGUGGAAAAUGAUCAUCGGCCAAUCCAUCUUCCAACUGACGGUGACCCUGACCCUGCACUUCGGCCACCACCUUUUACCCUACCCCGACGCCGAACGUCGAUCCAUCAUUUUCAACACAUUUGUGUGGAUGCAGAUCUUCAACGAGUUCAACAACCGGCGUCUGGAUAACCAGUUCAAUAUCUUCACGGGCCUCCACCGCAACUGGUUUUUCAUCGGCAUCACCUGUCUCAUGGUGGGCGGUCAGAUAAUUAUCGCUUAUUUCGGCGGGGCUGCGUUCAGCAUUGUGCCGAUCUACGGGGAACAGUGGGCGAUCUGCGUCCUGGUUGCGGCCAUCAGUUGGCCCUGGGCUAUUGCUGUUCGCUUUUUUCCCGAUGUUUGGUUCGCGGCGGUGGUACGGACGGUCGGGAAACCGGUCGUCCCUGUUUAUCAGUGGUUGGGUAGGGGAGUGAACACUGUAGUCAGAGGCGUGAAGCGCCUAUUCAGGCGGUAGACGGGGAUGAUGAUCUUCACAGACGCCGUGUAUAUAUUUUAUCACGUUGAUCAGACGAGGCUGAACAUGGUCGCAGUACUAAUGCUGCUAGUCCAAAUGGGAUGGAAGUGGAGGAGAAGAGAGGAGAAGGACAGGAGACUAAGGGGAAGAAAGUAAACUCCCUGCCGAUCGCCUGUCAUACGAACUCUAGUGUCGCGUUGGCGGGACGCGAG